GGAUCUUUUUGUUUACCUUGAUCGUUGAUGCACCUAACUCCGCUGUAAAUCCAAUCUUCGAGGGACUUUGCAGCCUGUCACCAGGCUUGUCAUGACAGAUAUACUCGCAUGGAAACCACCAUCGUGGUGGGCUCCCGAUGGCAUUACCAAAGCCCUUUCUAAACCGGACCUGCGUACGUUCGCAUCAGGAUUGCUCCAUGGGGAUCGUUUCAGACGGAUCAGAUCCGCAUAUGCGAAAGCGGAGCGAUGCAGAGUAUGCUGUAACAAUGCCUGGCCAGAUACAUCAGGUGCACGCGUCUUGGUUGGUAGUUUACUCUCCUCUGCUGGAAAGGGGUGUGCAGGUUGUUUGACCCUAUGUGGUAUCGUAAACAGGUGUGCCUUGAUUUCCAAGAACUCGAACCAGCCGUUUGAGCUUUCUCUGGAUAAAUGGGUAUCAUGCAGAGUGGAGAGAUCAAGACUGGUUUUGGAAUGCUACCCAACUGCGUCGUGGGAGGUGUUCGCGCCGGAAAAUCUCGAAAAUCCAUGGCGAAUACCACAUCUGCCCCAUGAAGUAAUUGCGAAUUCUGGUUCAGACCAAGCUGUUGAACGAGCGUCGUCGUGGCUGCAAGAUUGCGAAGACAACCACGAGUUGUGCAGAAGUGCCAAUUCGAGCCUGCCAACUCGCGUUAUCUCGAUCCAGGGGCCGAAGACUAUCAAGUUGUACGAGACUGAUGGCGAAUUUGAACCCUACGUCUGUCUAAGUCAUUGCUGGGGGCCGGAUAAAAUCACCACAACUGAGAGGGCAACUCUAUCCGCACAUAAGCAAAGCAUUCCAUGGCAAAAACUUCCCCAAACCUUCCAUGACGCAAUCUCUUUCGCUUUCCGACUGGGAUACAAGUACGUCUGGAUCGACAGCCUUUGUAUCGUACAAGAUAGCAAAGAGGACUGGCGAAGCGAGGGUAGUAAGAUGGCGCAGAUAUAUUCUGGUGCCGAUUUCACCAUUGCUGCUACCGCAUCAAGUCGCCCGUCGGAGGGGUGUUUCCGCCAGACUACGAACCGCCCAAUCAGCAUCUACUCGUAUCCCGAUAUGAACGGCUCGAUGUUGGAUGUGUGCGUUCGAUCUAGCAUAAAUCAUUAUGCAUGGAGAUAUGGCGAAUAUCCCUUGCUACGCCGUGGAUGGACACUGCAAGAGUGCCUGCUCUCACGAAGAAUCUUGCACUUCACAGCCGAGGAAAUGUUCUGGGCUUGCAGGACUGUGAACAAAUGCGAGUGCUCAUUCUGGUGGGACGCCAUGACAUUACCCUUCAAAAAUCUGCGCAGCCCAAAAUACCUUACAACAAUACAUUCCUCGGAUGAGAUGCAAUGUACGGUUCUGUGGCAUCAUAUUGUCAGCGAGUACAGCAGUUCUUCCUUGACAUACAAAGGGGACUGCUUUCCAGCUUUACAGGGAAUCAGCAAACAAAUGCAUCAGCUCAAGAGGUCAGCAUACGUGGCUGGACUAUGGGAGAACAGUAUAAUGUAUGACCUACUAUGGUACUCCGAUUACAAAGACAGAACAUGCAGACCAGAGGAAUGGCGUGCCCCUUCAUGGUCAUGGGCAUCUGUCGUGGGUCGAGUUACGUGGCCCAAUUGGAUUUCAAUCUGCACACCUUUAUCAACCUAUGUCGCCAAAGAUAUAUCAUUUGCAGGAGUAGAUGAAUUUGGCGAGCUUCGGUCUGCAGAGAUUACUUUGCGAGGUCGAUGUUUACUCGAAGCCGUGGAAGGCACCUAUCAGUACAACACGCAGCUAUGCGCAAACAUCGAAUACCCCGACCAUCGCGCUUGGAGGAGGUGCCCCCGUAAGGUGUAUCUCGAUUGUGAAUUAGGAGACUCUGGCAAUGAGAUGCCAGGUUCUGUACUUGAUAUUCCCAUCCAGCGUGUGAAAACGCUUCUCAUGAGUGUAUAUCAGAUGGGGUUGAAGAAGAAAUACCUCUAUACAGCUUUGAUACUGCGACCCUCGAAUAUGACAGCAUGCGCUUACGAACGGAUUGGCUUGGUGGAAUUCGAGACGCAGAAAGGAUACGAGGUGUUUGAUCUUCCGUUGGGUAACGAGGAAACUCUACACAUCGUCUAGUUGGCCGGCGGACGCAGCCAAA